CAACAACAUGGCGUCCCACUCAUUGAACAUAAACGUAUAGGACGAGAUCGGAGCACCGCGAUCUGAUUUUUUCAACGUAAUACAUACAAGGGACCGAGGCACCGAAGACCAAAAAGAGAACGCGGCGCGUUUCACGAUCUAAGCGUGCGCUGAUUCAGAAAAGUAUUGUCCGAAUUACCGCGUAUAUACGUUCGCCAACGUUCGCGCUCGGCAAGUUGCGUCGAAGGAAGUUGCGUGUACGUGCGUGUGCCGUGUGUGUGCUGUGUUAUUGUGUGUCACGUGUGUGCGUGCGUACAUGCGUGCGUGCUGCCGUGCUUCGUGGAGGCGCAGCUAGCGUCCCGCGACCUCGUCGCUGUCGUCGUCAUUGUCAUUUCGUCACGCGACGUGCAAAACAAACGUGUGCGACAAUCGAACAGGAGGGGAAGUGAAACAACGCUGUGAGAAGCGAGAGACUAACGCGAAAAGGUGUCGCGAGACGGAAUUCGGUGCUAGUAAAUCGAUAUGACAUUCACGUAACACGAGCGAUCAUGGGUCGCCGUUCUGCCCGAAGCUCGUCGUCGUCACCAUCGUCGUCGCCGUCGCCGUCGCCGCUGCCGUCGUCGUCGUCGUCGUCGCCGCCGUCGCCGUCGUCGCUAAUAAAUAUGACUGAUCGCGAUGAUCCGACGAGAAUGGAGUAGUGAACGUGGGCGGCGUGCAUUUCAUCAACGUACAUAUCAUCUGUGUUCGCGGUCGGUGGACUUUUUUCGUCGGAAAGGAAAAGAGGGGUAACAAGAUAGAGAGAAGAGUAUCCGACUCCCAACGAAGGAGGAACGUUCUUAAUUGUGCUCUUCGCGGUUCUCGUUGCAAGAAUCGUAAUCGAAUGCAGAAAGUGCCACGAUGGUGAUAAGAUCAUAAUUGCCAAUUCGCAGAGCUUGCCGCGUGCAAAUGCAUUCGCUCAGAUUUGUGUCUGCAACCGCGUGAAGAUCCCUAAGACUGCCCGUCCUUACCAAGUUACCCUUUCAAGUACCAUGUGUGUGGAAGUAGUAGUCUAUAAAUCCCACUGAAAGGAGGAUGCCAGUAACUAAACGCAUUCCAUACCCCUCGCGAUCCGACGGCGGUAGUAGUGAGAGCCCGUUGCUCGUGGAAGAAGGUGAGACAGUCGGUGCACCUCAUAGUCCACGCAAUAUACACAGUCACAGCCAUUCACAUGGUAAUCCACACCGAUCUCACAGUUAUCAUCAUGAAAAACCCAAACAAUUAGUGAAAUACGGUGAACUAGUUAUACUUGGGUACAAUGGUUACCUUCCACCUGGUGAUAGAGGAAGAAGGAGAAGUAAAUUCGUGUUAUACAAAAGACCUGUGCCAAAUGGUGUUAAGCGUAGCAAGCACUACAUCGUUAAAACGCCCCACAGUUCGCAAGCCAUCCUCAAUACAAAGCAGCACUCGAUUUCGUACACACUCUCCAGAACGCAGGCUGUUAUUGUCGAAUAUACGGAGGAUGAGAAAACGGAUAUGUUUCAGAUCGGCCGUUCGUCCGAGUCGCCUAUCGAUUUCGUAGUGAUGGAUACGUGUGCGGGCGGUGGCGAUGGCGGACCCGCUAACGAAGGACGUGUCGCCCAAAGCACUAUCAGUAGGUUUGCUUGUCGGAUACUGGCGGAUCGAUCGGAUCCUAGAAUUGCUAGGAUCUAUGCUGCGGGCUUCGACAGUUCAAGGAACAUUUUUUUAGGGGAAAAGGCAACUAAAUGGCAGGAGAAUCGCGAGAUCGAUGGACUUACGACGAACGGAGUCCUGAUAAUGCAUCCGCGAGGUCAGUUCUGCGGUGGCGAAGCGCAAUGCGGUUUUUGGCGAGAAGUCAGUGUGGGCGGCGGAGUUUUCUCGCUCAGAGAAAGUAGAAGCGCUCAACAAAAGGGUAAUGUCGUCGAGGAUGAGAGUAAUGUUUUGCAAGAUGGUACUCUCAUCGACCUCUGUGGCGCUACUUUACUCUGGCGAUCUGCUGAAGGCCUCGCGAAAUCUCCAACGAAGCAGGAUCUAGAAGAAUUAGUUGACGCUAUAAACGCCGGCAGGCCGCAAUGUCCUGUGGGCUUGAACACGUUGGUUAUACCACGUAAAGCAGCUUCGGAUUCGACGCAGCAACAGCCAUAUGUUUAUCUUAAAUGCGGUCAUGUACAAGGACAUCACGAUUGGGGUCAGGAAAAGGAUAAGGUUACGAGAAGAUGUCCUAUGUGCCUUGUCGCAGGGGCGGUAGUCAAAUUGUCUAUGGGAAUAGAGCCUGCGUUCUAUGUAGACUGCGGACCGCCCACUUAUGCAUUUAGUCCCUGUGGACAUAUGGCUACAGAGAAAACUGUCAAAUAUUGGGAAAAAGUAGCCAUUCCACAUGGCACAAACGGCUAUAUCGCAAUUUGUCCCUUCUGCGCAGUACCACUUGAGGGCACGCCAGGAUAUGUAAAAUUAAUUUUUCAGGAUAAUGUAGAUUGAAAAUAAAAAAUAAUGGAAGCAUGUAGAAAUUAAUAACUCUUCUUAAGAAAUAUAAGAAUUAUUAAACUCAA